CAUAUCGGGUGCUUCUCAAGACCGUUCACUUGUUCGAGUUUUUGCCCUUGCGAUUAAGUCUACAUGCAUAUCCAAAGAAGAUACUAGCCCGAUGAGGCACAGUGAUUCCUUUACAACGUGACAUUAUGGUGUACAUCCAGGGCUUUGGCAUAUGCUGUUAUCAUAUUUUAAUCCCUCAAGUUAUCGUCCAAUUUACACUGCUUCAAGUGGAAGUUCCAAAUCGGGUGUCCAACACCUGAGCGCUCUUAUAUCCCUCUACAAAUCUUGAACGAAUCUCAAGCUCAAAACUCCCAUAUCCUCCUCUGAGCUACGAACGAUCUCUAUUUUUUCUCCUAACUCUUACGUCGGGCUUCAACCAUGGCUAUGGACUAUGACGCGUAUGAUGCACUCCUGCACCACAUAUUUAAGCAAACUCAGGGUGACGCUUGGUUCAAGCCAACCGAGGAGAAUCUUUCUGCUGGGGUCUGCCUCCGUGUCGAACCUGGUCACUUCCGCGUCUUUCCCUACGAGAACAGCUACCUUGCCCCUUUUGAGGCAGCAGUGCGCAUCUUAAAUCCUGUGGUUGCUGUCAAGGUGAGGAGUGCUGCAGUUCAUGCUGCAUUAGCGAUUGUUCCCGAAGAUGCAUCUGCCAUCUACGUCGAUCAUAACACACGCAUUCAGAUAGUACCUUCCAUGGCUAUGGUGCCACGAGCUGAGAAGGAACAGUGCGGAGCCUUUGUGCGAGACGAGGCUGUCCUCAUCCUCUGGUCCGACAACUUGGACAACAUCAUACCCCUAUGUCGCGACUUUGAGGAAAAGCUGAUCAAGCUUGUCUGGAGGCAACGCACCAAUGUGUCCUCAACUCCCUCUGAUAUCAUACCACCCACUCUGCCGUCGCAUGACAACUUGCUAGCAACAAAGGAAGACCCUACGGAAGAAAUACCUGUGACUGAGAAAGAACUCACAAAUCGGAAGCCAAAGUCUAAACCGUCAUCACCAUUUUGGAAGAUUUUCAGCUGGAGCACUACACGUCAAGAGCACCAAGGUGACGCCGAGAAGGGUGCGAAGAAAAUCCGGCGAACCAAGCUCAUCGCGCCCAUCUACAAUGGGUUAGGCUGUGGUUUGUCAAUCUUUUUCAUCGGCACUGGUGCCAGCAUGCUCUUGCAGGAGUCCAUGCUUGAUGGCCAAUGGAUUCGGUUUUGUUUGCUCGUCACAGCCCCGCUGUCAUUCUGCGUUUCUCUGUUUUUCUCUCUACAAAUUAUCGGCAAUAUCGGCAUGAUCAUCGGUCCCGUCUCCCAGUACUAUGAAAACUCUCGUUACUAUUCUGCUAUCAAACCCGAGGAGGAUAAGGAUGUCGAUUCGGCUCUCCCUCAUGUUACUAUCGAGCUUCCUGUUUACAAGGAGAGUCUUGAGCAAACUAUCGGCCCGUCCGUAUACUCGCUCAAGAAGGCCAUGCAAACAUAUGCACGUCAGGGUGGAACAUCUUCGAUAUUCGUGCACGACGACGGUCUACAACUCAUUUCGGAGGAAGAACGCGCGGAACGUAUUGCUUUCUACGCUGAUCACAACAUAGGCUGGGUCGCACGCCCUCCUCAUGAAUCCUCUCCAGAUGGAUUCAAACGUGCCGGCCGGUUUAAGAAGGCGUCGAAUAUGAACUACGGGCUCGCGCUUAGCUUGAAACUCGAGAAACAUCUAAAGGUACUCCUUGAAGCAGAAGAACGAGGGGAGUUAGAGGACGACGGUCAACCUCUGGAGGAUCGCGCUUUGAAUAUGGCCUGUGAUGAAAUUUUCAUGGAAAGUGGAGAGAAGUGGAAACCGUGGGCUUGCAACGGUAAAUCUAUUAGAAUGGGAGAGAUCAUUUUGCUUGUCGAUUCCGAUACUAUUGUGCCCGAGGAUUGUCUUCGUGACGCUGCUCGUGAACUUGCAGAGAGCCCCGAGGUUGCGAUCAUUCAGCAUGAAUCAGAUGUUAUGCAAGUCGCGAAGCACUACUUUGAGAACGGUAUUGCCCACUUCACGAGGCGGAUCAAUAAAUGUAUAUCCCUUGGUUGUGCGAACGGCGAAAUAGCUCCUUUCGUGGGACACAAUGCCUUUCUUCGUUGGUCGGCACUUCAGGACGCCGCGUUUGUAGACCCGGCUGACGGGAAAACGAAGAUUUGGUCAGAAUCAAAUGUGUCCGAGGAUUUCGACAUGGCUUUGCGACUUCAGCUAAAGAAGUAUGUCAUACGGUGGGCGACAUACUCCGAGGGCGGCUUCAAAGAAGGUGUAUCGUUGACGGUCGAUGAUGAAUUGAAUCGAUGGCAAAAAUAUUCAUACGGCUGUAGCGAGUUGAUUUUCAACCCUCUUGUUCAAUGGUGGAAGAAAGGUCCUAUCAACAAACAGCUGCGUAUCUUCGUAUGGUCCAAUGCACCUGUUCACUACAAAAUUAGUAUGAUGGCAUACAUGUUUUCCUAUUAUGGUAUCGCAGCCUCGGCACUUUUGUCGGUUCUCAACUAUAUCCUUCUUGGACUGGCAUUUGAAACGGACGGCUACUAUCUUCACAGCUUUGAGGUCUUUCUCGCGAUUCUGGCCGUGUUUCCCGGAUCGGGCAACGUUGGCUAUAUUCUUCUUGAAUACAGACUUGGGCACCGUAACAUGUGGGACUCGCUUGUUGAGACCUGCACAUGGGUACCUUUCUUCUUUUUCUUUUUCGGUGGUCUUAGUGUCCACCUCACCACCGCUCUUUUGGCCCACAUGUUCUCAUACAACAUCACCUGGGGAGCAACGAAAAAGGAAGUCGAACGUUCGAAUUUCUUUAUCGAAGUCCCCCGAAUUCUCAAGCGAUUCUGGCUCGCCCUCGCACUUUCUAUCGCCACGUUCGCUAUGAUCAUAAUCUUCAGUCUUUCCAAUAUUGUCGGCCCGGAUUGGCAAAUUCCGGGGACAUACUGGGCAGUUAUCCUCCCUCUUGCGCUCGUCGCUGGAAGCCAUAUUCUUUUCCCUAUUGUGCUGAAUCCGUGGUUGAUGAUUUUCUCGUAUUGAACGGCGAGAAUGCUGCUGAUAGUCGUUUGUGCUGGGAUCUGAAUGGACUACUGUCAAUAUGCUACUUUUCUUGAUCAUUCACAACUCUAUUGUAGAGGUACCAUACGAAGAUAUCGAUGUAAUUGCAUCAUCCAAUCAUUUAUUCGCUGAUAAUAAUCAGUUGUACAUAGCCUCGCACAUGUACAGUACAAGGAGUACAUAUAUAUUAUCUUAUACCUUGUUUCUUGCA